UUCGGCGGACUUUUUGAUUUGACAUUUGUAAACCGCUGCAUGAAUUGUUUACACUUAGCAACAUAAAUGAUACAUCAUCCGGGCACAGUUGUUUUCGCUUGAUCGCUUCCUUACUUUUUAUACACCUUGUUAAAUAUAGAUUUGAAAAGAGUUGUGUCUAGAGUCAAACUGAUGUCAUGUUAUUGAAAAACCAACUACUAACUCGUUUGUCAAAAACUGCAGAUCUUCAGUAUGAGCACCUCAGGUCCUUCGCUGAAAAAGAAGAGUUACAUGGGCCAGCACCAAAUCAAGAAGAAAAGUUUCCAUGCUCCUGAUGUUCCACCAGACACACUGUUGCAGAAACCCGACAAAACAAACAUCAGCCGCACAGAUGGAGGAGAAGGGUUUCCACUGGGGGAAUCCACUUUAGCUUUAGAUGAAGAAAUGCUUCAGGUGUUGGAUGCUGUAGAUCCCGUGAAGCCUGCCGUUACCACUGCAUGUCCAACAACAGGAAACAGAAAUGCACAGGAAGAAGCAGCAUCAUCAGCGGCAUUGGCCCCUGUACGUACUGAAAGAGCACCUCAGCCCGGGGGCCUUACUUUACCCCACAGAGCCCCCGGCCCCCAGGGAAGAGUCUGUGGGGGUAGUGGUGAAUCUAAUAGACCAGGAUGGAGAUCUGACUGCAAAAAUCUUGCACAGCGGCUUCUCUUCAGCGAGGACUCUGAGGAAGCAGGGUGUGCUCAGAGGGGCCCAUACAAUAUCAAGACACCCCCAGCUUCUGCCUGCAUCAAUGGGCUUUCCGGUCAAGAAAUAAAAAACAGUCUGCAAGUAGACAACUCCACAAAUAGGCAGGCAAGUACUCACAGAAGAAAAAACUCUCCUGGUAGCAACAACCAAAGUGUGUCAAAUAUGAAUGCUGAUCCACCUCCGGAUGGUUCGAGGGACUACAUCUUGUUCAGCCCCACCCACCUCGCGGCUAACAUGAAGAAAGCUAAACUCCAGUCAUCAUUACAGAAUCACUCUGCCUCUGUGCUCACGGUCCCCAGUGGCUUAGACCUCACUACUCUGAAUGACACUUUACCUCAGCCAGGCGUUGCCUUGUGUGCUCCCGCGGGACAAGCUGAAAAGCUGCUGUUAUGCAGUUGGGGCUUACCAAAACCUGUCCUGGAGCGCUACCAGAAACACGGAGUGACUCACAUGUUCGAAUGGCAGGCUCAGUGCCUCACUGUUGGACAGGUGCUGCAGGGAGGAAACCUGGUAUACUCUGCCCCCACCAGCGCUGGAAAAACUCUGGUCGCAGAGCUGCUGAUGUUGAAGCGUGUAUUAGAGACCAAAAGAAAAGCUCUCUUCAUUCUUCCAUUUGUCUCUGUGGCCAAAGAGAAGAUGCACUACCUUCAGAGUGUUUUUGAAGAGGCUGGAGUUCGUGUGGAGGGAUAUAUGGGCAGCACCUCGGCGGCUGGAGGAUUCUCAAAACUGGAUGUGGCUGUUUGCACCAUAGAAAAAGCCAAUUCUCUCGUUAACAGACUCAUUGAAGAGGACAAUAUGGGUCUACUAGGUAUGGUUGUGGUUGAUGAGUUGCAUAUGGUUGGAGAUUCUGGAAGAGGAUACCUACUGGAACUACUCUUAACCAAAAUCCGUUACAUUUCGCAGAAGCAGAACACCACUGGGUCUCUUUCUGAGGGUGUACAGAUCAUAGGUAUGAGCGCCACCUUGCCGAACCUCUCCCUCCUGGCCGGCUGGUUGGGUGCAGAGCUUUACCAGACCGACUACAGACCUGUGCCCCUGCUGGAGCAUUUCAAGGUGGGCUGCAACAUCUACGACAAGAGCCUCUCUGUGGUCCGGAAGUUUACUCCUUUACCCCACAUUAAGGGCGAUGAUGACCACAUAGUGAGCUUGUGCUAUGAGACUGUGAGAGAGGGCCGCUCUGUGUUGUUGUUCUGCCCCUCGAAGAACUGGUGUGAGAAGCUGGCAGACAGCAUCGCCAGAGAAUUCUACAACCUCAGAAAUGCUGGUGGUCAGGGCGAAGCAGAGCCUCAGGCAGUGCGUCUGGAUCGGAAUGGAUUAGUGGAUGUUGUAGCCCAGCUGAGAAGAACUCCAGCUGGUUUAGACCCCAUCCUCCAGAGAACUGUGCCAUGGGGGGUGGCCUUCCACCACGCUGGUUUGACUUUUGACGAGCGCGAUGUGUUGGAGGGAGCUUUUCGUCAGUGCACGGUCAGAGUCCUCGCUGCCACCUCUACCCUCUCGUCAGGGGUUAAUCUCCCCGCUCGCAGGGUCAUCAUUCGAUCCCCUACCUUCAACGGACACAUGUUGGACCCGCUCACGUACAAACAGAUGGCCGGACGAGCAGGGAGAAAAGGAGUAGACACUAUAGGUGAGAGUGUGCUGGUGUGUAAGGAGAUAGAGCGUCAGAAAGGAAUUACUCUCCUUACGGGUACUCCUCAGCCAAUCAGCAGCUGCCUGGUGAGAAGAGAGGGAGAGGGCGUCACCACCAGCAUGCUGAGAGCCAUCCUGGAGAUCAUUGUCGGAGGUGUAGCCAGCACGCCACAGGAUGUGAGUUCAUAUGCUUUGUGCUCACUUCUGGCUGCCAGCAUAAAAUGUGACGGCAAAAAAGAAUCAACUGAAGAGACCAACAAAGGCGCUAUUGAGGCCUCUGUAGAAUGGCUGAUGGAGAAUGAAUUUAUCAGUAUCCAGAAGGAAGGACAAGAGGAGCGGUACUGUCCGACCCAACUAGGUGCUGCCACCCUCUCCUCCUCCCUCUCCCCUCCUGAGGCUCUGGGAAUAUUUGCAGAUCUCCAGCGGGCUAUGAAGGGAUUCGUACUGGAAAAUGACUUGCACAUUCUGUAUCUGAUCACCCCGUUGUAUGCAGAGUGGACAACCAUAGAUUGGUACCAGUUCUUCUGUCUGUGGGAACAGCUCUCGUCAUCGAUGAAGAGAGUAGCGGAGCUGGUGGGCAUCCAGGAAGGCUUCCUCGCAAGAUCUGUCACAGGCAAACUGGUCGCCAAGACAGAGAAGCAGCGUAGACAGAUGGCCAUACAUAAACGAUUUUUCACCACCAUUGUGCUCCAUGAUCUGGUGAAUGAGGUGCCUUUGGGAACAGUGGCUUCCAAAUACAACUGCAACCGGGGGCAGUUACAGUCUCUUCAGCAGUCUGCUUCUACGUAUGCAGGUAUGGUAACAGUUUUCUGCAAGCGCCUGGGCUGGCACAACAUGGAGCUGCUGUUGUCCCAGUUCCAGACCAGGCUGAGCUUCGGAGUCCAGAGGGAGCUGGUGGACCUCGUCAGGGUUUCUCUCCUGAAUGCCACACGAGCCAGAGCAGUGUACGCACAAGGCCUCUGUACUGUCGCUGAGCUCGCCAGGGCUACUGUAGCUGAUGUAGAGAAAGCCUUGAGGAAUGCUAUCCCAUUUAAGAGCUCUAAGCGUGCAGUGGAUGAGAGUGAGGUGGAGGCAGCAGAGAGACGGAGCCUCCGCUGCGUCUGGGUCACCGGGGGUCGGGCCUUGACGGAACAGGAGGCCGCCGUUGAGAUUGUUUCUGAAGCGAGGCUCCUCCUUCAGGAAGACCUGGCCCGCUUAGGAGUUCAGUGGGACCCGACAACCCUUCCCCCUGGAGCUCCUGCCGUAAACAGCCCUGACGACUCAGACACCUCAACUGCAUCAGAUUUGAGCUCACAUGAAGCACAGGUUGACAACAACAAAGAUUCCCAGCAAGGAGACAAGAUUGAGAAAAGUAGAGAUAUUGAAAGACAUGGAGAGGAGAGUGAGGAGAAAAACAAACUGAAGGAAAGGAAAAUGGAGGAAGAAAAAGAAAAAGACAAAAGAGAGCAGGGGUCUAAGUUCCAAGUCAGGGUGGUAAACAGAAAACCAGAGGCGCACAGACAAUUAAAUAGGACAGACAACAGAAAAACUAUGAAUGGAGUGCAAGUAGAAAGAAGCAAAGGUACAAAAAAUGAUGAGACAAAUGACAAAAUAUCAACGGCAAACAAUACAGAAGAUCCAGAUGAAAAAAGAGAAAGGCAAAAGCAGACAAGGCCAAAGCAAGGUGGAGAAGAGCAGAAGAAAUCAGAGCAAAAAGAAGGAGAGAAGAGUAAAGAGAUUGUCUCAAUCAGACCAGAGAGUCCUCAGGCCAACCGUCCUGUCGCUGAAAGGAGCCUGACCCAGGAAUUAGCUGAUAUCAUAUCCAGCCCCCUGCCUCUACUGACGCUACGUCCUCAGCCCUCUCUCUCCCCUAUGCCUCCUCCUCGGUUUAGAGCUCCAGUAUCACGAGUAGAAGAACAACACAUCGUUCCUGUAAGGACAUCAGAUGGCCUUGCUGCCUCACCUGUGCACCCACGUAGACUGAUACACUCGAGAGCCUUAAGCAAAGUCCUCAACUCUAUACAAACUGACAAAAGCCUACAAAAUAACGUAGUGCCUGCAGAGACAUCACACUCAAUACCCUCAGCGCCUGCAGGCCAGGUGACUUCAGCAGUUAGUGUUCCUGACCCCUUGGAGAAAACCCCUCCUGGUAUUUCUUCACCUUCAGAUGCAGAUAUGUUAGACAAUCCCCUCAUUGUCUCUCCUACCUCUGUUCCCUUAUUCUCUCCUGAGGCCAAGCGAAGAAGGAUGGAUGGUGGAGAGGUAGAUACCUUUUCAUCUCCUGAGCUGUACGCAGGAGAAGCUGAGGGAGACGUUAAAAAAGGAGAGGAGAGUUUCGGUGACAGCUUUGAAUUGGACACUCAGACAGAAAGAAUGAUUGUUCAAUCGGCAUUCCAACACAGAGAUGGGAUUGAUAGAGGUACGAGUCAAACAGUAGAAACAGAAAUGAUAGAGGAUGUGGUAAAGACAGCUGUAGAAAUCAAUCAGGACAAUAAUGAGGGACAUCUUGAAGCCCCAGUUGAUGCAUGUCCAAGAUUCAAUGUUUCUAUCACAGAUAGUCAAAUGGAGCUCAUUCUCAACACCAGCAACCAGGUGAGUAUCCAGAAUAAUCCAUUCUUUUAUUCUUAUAUUAUAUACAUGUUCAAGUGGUUUAAAAAUCAAAUAUUGUUUUUACAGAAUUCCCCUGGUCCAUGGGGGGAUAAUGUAGUCGAAGAUAAGGAUGAAGGCGGCGAUGAGGAGGCUGCCUCUGAGAGUGUUAACAGGAGCAGUAGCUUCCUGUUCGACAGCCUGUACGACAGCUUUCUGCUGGCUGGUCUCGGCCAAUCAGACGAAGAGGAGCCUGUUGGCCAGGAGAUCAUAAACCCUCUUCCAUCGAGCCAGGAGCAGAGACGCAGUGAGCUUCUCGCAAAUCAGGAGGCUGAAAAUCAGGAGGCGGUCCAAUGGGGCGAGUCCUCCUUCAACCUGUCAGAGUGGGGCGACUCGCUGAUGGUGGGGGAACACUUUCUGGAGAGGCAGAGCUUGCUCAAACACACAGAGAGAGCUCAAGGGGCCACACGUCAGAAAGCUCAGCAACCCAACACAGACAAUGUUCAGAUGUCAGAAUCACAGCCAAAACUCCGUCAGACAAAGCCACAACCCACUACUACAACUACUACCACAAAUCAAAAUGAGCAUGACAAGGAAAACACCAGUAAUAAUCAAGGCAAUAAACACACAAAUAAACAGCAUAGUUAUGCACAGAGUGACAAUAAACCAGGCAAGAGACAGGAAACGAUCAAUGAACAGGGUGAAAAUGAGCAAGGAGAGACACACGUAAAGAAAGGAGAAAUUAAUGCUGUAUUGUUAGAUAAGGCAGUUUUAAAUCACCCAGAAGUCCAAAACGCACCUGAAAGCUGUUUUGACUGCAGCCCUGGUUUGCAAGACAUCUUUGACCGCUGGCCUAGUAUGUCCGACCAGCCCUGGCAAAACACUACAACCGGCCACCUGACAACCCAUACGCUCAAACAUGCUGCAAAUACAGCAGAAGUUCCAGAUCCACCUCAGACCUCAAUACAGGUGGAGAGAAAAGGAGCAAAGUCAAAAGCUGUUGUUGCUGAGAAUGAUUCUCGGGAGGAACAACCCUCAAGACGUGACAGUGAGAAUGUAACGGAGAGACCAGGCUCUGCCGGUGAUCUUAUUCCCCCUACUCAGGAAACUCCACCUGUCACACCAAGAGUAAAAAUGACGACGUCAUCUGUGCAGUCACCUCUCAUCGCUAAGCCAAUCAAACAGUCGACUCCCUCAACUCGGCUGCUACAAAAACAAGUGAUCACAAAAUGUCCUACAUCUGGCCCGGGACACAGUAAAAAUCGAUCAGAAGCUGACGCUGAACAGCCUAAUUCUACAUCAGACCGCUCCCACGGACACCAGCGGGGACAGAAACCCAACACUGUUACACGCUCGAGGGCUAGAACAAAACUCUUGCUACACAGUGACCAGAACCUAAGCCCUCCCGGAGGUCCUGCUUCCCCGCCCCCCCGGGGGAAGCUCCCCUCUGAUGCUGAAUCACCUGUGACUGAUGAAGGCUUCUCACUUCAGCUGUCCCAGGAUACAUCGCUCGGUUCUAGCAGCUCAGGGGCCUUCUCCAUUGUAGACGUGGCAAGUGACAGGCGCCUCUUCAACACUUUCAUCAAUGAGUGGAAAACAAAGGAGCGGUACUCUCUGGCUUUGGCCUGUGAGAAGAGGGAGCACAGUAAUCAAACUGAGGAGGAAAUAGGAGGGAAACAUAAGAGAGCAUCAGCAGUUAACCAGAGGCUCCACAGGGACGAUGGUUUUCCAAUAAUAGACAGGGAUGGACUGGUGUUGAUUGGACUGUCUGUCUGCUGGGGGGCAAGAGAUGCCUACUACGUGUCUCUGCAGCAAGAGCAGAGCAAAGGUUUGAGCGCCAGUCUGGCCCCUCCCCCUCUGGAUGAUGAUUUGCCGGUGAGUGAGAGGCUGCAGCAGGUGAAGGCCGGUCUGAGCAGGACGCCUACAGCUCCAACAGGAGGUGUGGUCGUCACGUGGGACAUCAUCCAGGUGUACAAGACGCUGGUCAUGAGUUGUGGCAUCAGCUUGGAGGGAAACUGUGAAGAUCCCAAGGUUGCGUGCUGGCUGUUGGACCCUGGCAGUGAGGAGAGGACUCUACCCAACAUGGUGACGGUCUACUGUCCUGAAGAGUUGCCUCUGCUGGGCGGACUUGGAAACCCGCAUGCACACGAUCCUCGUGUUAGGGCAGCAACCAAGAGCGUGCUCGUACACGCUGUCAUGAACCAUCUGACCGGCCUGCUAGAGAAAGACGGCAUGCUUGACUUAUUCAGAAGCAUUGAGAUGCCCUCGCAGGUGUCUUUGGCUCUGUUGGAGCUGAAUGGAGUGGGCUUCAGUGUUGAAGAGUGUGAAAGACAAAAGCAUGUGAUGCAAGCCAAACUCUCAGCACUGGAGUCCCAGGCCUACAACCUGGCCGGACACAGCUUCUCCCUCACCAGCAUCGACGACAUAGCACAGGUGUUGUUUUUAGAGCUGCACCUGCCUCCAAACGGUGACGGAGGUGGAUCCAAAAGUAAGAAGACUCUUGGCUACACCAGACGAGGCGGCGGCAGAGUACGACUUGGAAAACAGUUUAGCACCACCAAGGAUGUUCUGGAGAAGCUCCGCCCUCUGCACCCGUUGCCAGGUGUGAUCCUGGAGUGGAGGCGGAUCACUAACGCCCUGACUAAGGUGGUGUUCCCCCUGCAGCGGGAGAAGCAGUACCACAACACACUGGCCAUGGACAGAAUAUAUCCCAUCGCCCAGACACACACAGCCACAGGUAGAGUGAGCUUCACUGAGCCCAACAUACAGAAUGUCCCCAAAGACUUUGAGAUUUCCAUGCCCACGGUGGUGGGGGAGAGCCCACCUUCACAAGACGGCAAAACAGGAAAGAAAAGACACUCUGCGGUGACCUCAGAACAAGGCCCGGCCUUCUGUGUCAGCAUGAGGCAUGCCUUCGUUCCCUUUUCAGGUGGGAUGAUAUUGGCAGCUGAUUAUUCUCAGCUGGAGUUGAGAGUGUUGGCUCACCUCUCUAAGGAUCAACGCCUACUGCAAGUGUUGAAUGGAGGAGCAGACGUGUUUCGCUGCAUCGCUGCUGAGUGGAAAAGCAUUGACCCCGAGUCUGUGAACGACAACCUCCGACAACAGGCCAAACAGAUUUGCUAUGGCAUUAUCUAUGGGAUGGGAGCUAAGUCUUUGGGGGAGCAAAUGGGAGUGGAGGAGAACGACGCGGCCUGCUACAUCGAGAGUUUUAAGGCUCGAUACAAAGGGAUCAAUGCUUUUCUGAGAGAAACUGUGAAGAACUGUAUAAAAAACGGCUAUGUUCAGACACUGAUGGGCCGCAGGAGGUACCUACCUGAGAUCACUAACGCCAAUACGCACGUCAAAGGGCAUGCAGAGCGCCAGGCAGUAAACACAACUGUGCAGGGUUCAGCAGCAGACAUUGUGAAACUUGCCACCGUGAAUAUCCAGAAACGACUGCGAAAAACAUAUCCUGCAGCGCCCCUCUCUCACCAGCACACACAUUCAGCCAGCAGUAAUCGCAGGGUGCGAACAUCUCCACUCAGAGGAGCCUACUUUGUACUGCAGCUGCAUGAUGAGCUCAUCUAUGAAACCACAGAGGAAGACCUCAUACAGGUUGCUCAUAUAGUGAAGAGGGAGAUGGAGUCGGCAGUAAAACUGUACGUAAAGAUGAAGGCCAAAGUCAAGGUGGGACCCAGCUGGGGCAACUUGCAGGACCUAGAUAUAUAAUGGAAAUGUGUUUAUGUUCGACUAACAUGAAAUACAUUUUGUUUAAGGUUCUGUAAUAUAUGUUGAAGCUAUCAUUUGUACAGAAAUCUGUAUUUUUAAAUCCCUAAAUUAACACAAAUGAAAUGCAAGAUGAAAACAUGCUUAUGAUGGCAUAUGAGCUCUAAAUGAACUAUUGAAUGUAUUUAUACUCUAUCCAACAGUGUACAGUUAUCAAGUAUAUUUCUAGUAUAGAAUUGUAUUUACCGAUAUCCCAACACUUGACAUGAGAUGAUAUGCAAGAUGAUAUUUUAUUUAAUGUAAUACUUGACAUGUUUGUGUUCAUUUCUCUACUUUGAAACAUGUGGCUGCAACAACACUUAUUUUCAUGAAUGAAUAAUGUGCUAGUGGUUUCUUUUGUGAAUGGUUCACUUUAUAAAAUGUCAAUUUUUAACAAAGGAACAUAACACCUUCCCAGAGCUGUUAAGGUGAAGUGUAUACAUGUAUUGUUAUGUUCCACAAAUAGCCUUCAUCUAAUAUACAAUAUAUAUUCUGUGUGAAGCUGGAGAAUGUUUUGCCUUGUUUUCACUACUUGGAAACAGAUGAUUGAAACUUUAUAAAAGAAAAUCAGCAAAAUA